AUGAGAAAUCGAGUAGAAGGAAAGUUUCUAGAGUUCUACGAGAGUUGGAUUUUUCAACUUGAGCAAUAUCUUCAUCAACUCUUGAUUGCUCACAACAACAACAACAACACCAACAACACCAACACUACGAAUGAGAUCGAGCUUCGAGCUUUGAUCUCGAAGCUAACUACGCAUCACAAAGCUUACUACACAGCCAAAUGGGCAGCGAUAGGAGAAGACGUUUUGGCUUUCUUUGGACCGGUCUGGCUAAACCCGUUAGAGAAAUCUUGUUUUUGGUUAACCGGAUGGAAACCGUCCACAGCGUUUCGGAUGCUUGAUAGGCUGAGGAAAUCGUGGAGGCCGGCGGUGGUGCUUGAGGAGGCUCAGGUGAAGAAGUUGGAGGAGCUAAGAGUUAAGACGAGGCUCGACGAAGAAAAAAUUGAGAGAGAGAUGGAGCGAUAUCAGGUGGCUAUGGCUGAUCGGAAGAUGGUGGAGUUGGCGAGGCUUGGAUGUCAUGUUGGUGGAGGAGGAGGAGGAGAAUCUGCGGUGGUGGUGGAGGCUGCGGUGAAAGGAUUGGCUACGGGGCUUGAGAAGAUGGUGAAGGCAGCGGAUUGCGUGCGUCUGAAAACGCUUAAGGGCAUUCUAGACAUUUUAGCUCCUCCGCAGUGCAUUGAGUUUUUGGCAGCGGCGGCUGCGUUUCAGGUUCAGUUACGCAGGUGGGGAAACGAAAGACAUAGUGUCACUCACUCCUAUGGAAUUUACUGA